UUAUGUCACCUUCCUGGGUGUCGCCUGGGCCUUGUGCCCUGACGGGGGAAAGGGCAGAGGGCGAGUGGAAAGGGCAGGAGGAGAGUGGCGGGAACCGGAGGCGCAGGGCCAGCAGCCUGGUGCCCUGCUGAAGCCGCACCUGUCCCCUGGACUCUUCUAGGCCAGCGCUGACAUGCGGGAGGUGGUCUUGUGCCUGCUCGCCUUCCUAGUAGGCCUGCCUGCCCUGGAUGCCAAUGACCCUGAAGAUAAAAACAGUCCCUUCUACUACGACUGGCACAGCCUCCAGGUGGGCGGAGUCAUCUGUGCUGGGAUCCUGUGCGCCAUGGGCAUCAUCGUCCUCCUGAGUGAGUUUCCCAGGGCAGGGGAGGGGCAGGGCCACAGGUCCCCUCCCUAGACCUCUCACCUCCCCUCCCCUCCUACCCACACAGGUGGGAAGUGCAAAUGCAAGUUCGGCUAGAAGCCCAGUCACCACCGCCCUGCCCCCGCCUCUCAUCACUUCAGGAGACAGAAGCUGACCUACCUUCACAUGUGGCCCCAUCGCUUCUCCCAGGCUCUGCCCCUGACUGCUGAGGACGGAUGGAUUGGCCCCAAAACAUGGAUGGCCUGCCUCUGUGCCCCUUACCCCACCCCACCCUGGGCUUACACCCAAACCUGCCCACCAGGAUGGCACCCCAACCCCCAGGGCUCCCUCAACUCACCCCUCAAUGCAGGGGGGUGUCUUCUUACUCUAUUUUUAACCUGAAACUACCGUGCCUAUAGCCAGAGCAGCCUCUGCGUGUGCCACUGUGGGCUUGGGAGGUGGGGAGGGGUUGGGGUCUCCUGGGGAACAGCCAGCAGGCUUCCCAAGGGGAGGUCCUCCCUCGCCUCGGCUGCUGGCAGCGGGCAGCCUUGCAUGCAAUUUCAGCUUUUCUAGUAGUCAAGCAGGGGACGCCUGUCAGAGUGAACCACGUGGACUGCAGGACACUCGUGGUUCUGGGGUCACCCAGGGGAAGCAGAACGGAUGUCAUCCUAGUGAGAUGGGGAAACCCCAAUAUACUCCAGCAGCUUUCCCAAUAUCCAGUGUUCCUUUAAGGAGGCCCAUUACGUAACUCCCUAUGGAACCCUUACUGCAGCCGCAUGGCCUACACUCUCUUGAGACUCCUCAGUACCCAAUAAGGCAUCUGAAAUGUUGCCAUAGCCUUCCAAUAAAAUGCCUCAAAUUGUUCCAAAA